AUGUACGCCGAUCCGGUUCUGCUUCUGCUGCUCGCAUGCUGCCAAGUUUUUGUACUGGCCAUUCCUCCACAUGUAAACAAAGCACGCGCGAUUACUUCGAAUCCAUCAGUGGCAUCAGCUACCGUUACGCCAACAUCGAGUCUUUCAUGGUACCAGUUUGACUGCAAAGCACCGGCUGCUACGGAUAUCAACAUGCCUGGUUACCAGCGCUGGACCGCGAUGGACGGCCUUGGCGCGUGGGGUGAUGCCAACUCCUACUGGCAUGAACACGCAAGCGAUGGCGUCUCAUACUCCGAAGAACUAUCUUACUUUUUCAAGGGACCCAGCAAUAUAAACUGUGGUAUCCUGGCUGAUAAAAACGGAUGUGAUGGGACUGGGUCCAUUUCGUGCAAUCAAUGGAAUCAUCCAGCGGGAUACUUCAUUGUUUCCUCAAUGAUGCUCCUUGAAGAUCACUUUCAAAAUCUCUAUGAUGCUAUCCCUGACGCUCGUUCAGCGGUUACGGAUCAAGUCCCGGAUAUUACUUCCACGUUUUCUCCUUCCACGACCGAGAAUAGUUUCAAGUUUACAAUAGAUAUUGGAAUGAUGGCAUUGACUUCAUUCCUCGCACCUUGGUGGAAUAUGUUUUUCAAAAGCACGGUACCGAGCGAUUUGUUAAGUACAUUAAAGGAUACUUUCAAUGGGUUUGUUUCUCAGACAGCCACGUUGUUAAAGGAUGAAUCGUCACUUUCUGACCAAGUGCUUGGGAAAGAAAACAACGUCACUGGGCAAAUCUACGAAUUGACAGAAGGUUGGCAGAUAGCAAUCGAUGGUACAGUGUCCGACCUGUUCAACGGGUCUGCCAUGUCAAUUGGAAGGCUUGCAAAUGCUAUUCAAGACGGAGCCUUCCUUCAAGAAGCAACGUUUCCUUCAAGUGUGGAGAAUGAGGAGUUUAUGAAAACUGCUCUCUAUCAAUUUCUGAUCCCAGAUGCCUGGUCAUUAUCUGAUGAAGUCGUCUUCAUCAUGGAUGGGGGCAUCGACUGCACCGACAAUGUCCUGCCGAGCAGUGUGUCUGCGGUUGACGAGUAUAUUGACUCAGACAGCACCCCACUGGGCGUUUGCAUUAUGAACCAUGCAUACUAUCUCGUUGCAACUGAUAGCAUCCCGGCUGAAUCCUGUGACGACCAAAACUUAUACGGAUCAGGAUCGUGCACUAAAAACAAAUUUGUCACUCCAUAUGGGGCGACACAACUCGACGGCUCAAGCUGGGGUUCCCUGACCUGGCAGGCCAUGGUCAACAGCUCUGUCCAGUCAUAUCUCAACAAUGAUAAUCAGAACGGGUGGGCUACUCCGGACCCUACAUCGAUUGAAUUUAUCUGGAAUAUGUUUGACAAUGGUGCGUCGACGCCUGGAAUCUUCAAUUUCUAUAUGUGCAGUGGAAGUGAGGCUUGGAACAACUGGGACGAGCACACCGUUCAGAACUCGGAUGUCAAAUCUGCGCACUACCCAUGCAACUAA